AAAUGGCGGCCUCCAACUCUGGCGUGAACACGCUUCUCGUGAAAAAUCUGCCACCAGACGCGAAGGAAAGCAAGCUCGAAGAAUUGUUUGCCGAUAUUGGACCCGUUAAGCGAUGUUUCAUUGUGCGUGACAAGUCGCAACAGUCGCAGUGCAAGGGCGUCGCGUAUGUUACGUACGCCAGCACAGCCGAUGCAGAGGCUGCCGUGGAACGGAGUCGACAACGAAAUUUGAAGUGGGGCGACCGUAUUCUGGCAGUGAAAUCUGCUACUCCCAAGGCGCCGCGCGAACCUAUGGGCGAAGUUGCGACUCCGAAGAAGAGGGCGUUCACGAAGGAGGAGAAAGCAGCUAGAAAGAAGAGGAAGCCGAGACUGAUCGUCCGCAACCUCUCGUUCAAAGCAACCGAGAAAACUCUGCGUGAUUGCUUCUCGAAGUACGGAAGUGUCGUUGAAGUGACCAUCCCGAAGAAGCCAGAUGGUAAAAUGCGUGGUUUUGCGUUUGUACAGUUCAACGAGACCAAAAGUGCCAUCAAAGCAAUUAACGGCUUGAAUGCGACCGAAGUGUUGGGACGACCGAUCGCGGUAGAUUUCUCUCUCCCCAAGGCAACGUACCAGCAAAACGUGACUGCUAUGAAUAGUGCUACGACUAAACUUGCCGAUGAAGGGGGAGGCCCAGCUUCGCCGCAUGAGGAGAGUGAAGACAUGUCGGACGACGCUGAAAAACACUCGUCCGGAGCGUCGGAAUCUGAUAACACCGAGCACAGCUUCUCAGACAUGGACGAAGACGAUGGCGAUGAUGAGAGUGACUGCAGCGCAGACGUCAAACCUGAUCGGCACUCGAAAGGCGACACGAAGAACACGGUGUUCAUUCGAAACUUGUCGUUCGACAGCCAGCAAGGCGAUCUUGAAACCUUGAUGAAACAGUUUGGACCCUGUCGGUAUUGCCUUCUGUGCACAGAUAUGGACACCGGUCGUUCUAGGGGCACUGCAUUCGUCCGCUUUGCCCAAGAAUCAAGCGUAGACGCAUGUCUUGAAGCAGCUGCUUCCUCUCCGGGCAUUAUGCUAGACGGCCGGCGGCUCGACGUGGUCCGUGCUCUCAACCGGGACGAGCUGGAGGAGAAACAGAAGGAGAAGAAAAAGCAAAAGAAGGACCGCCGAAACCUCUAUCUGGCGCGAGAGGGGCUGGUCAGGCCAGGCACUGAGGCUGCACAAGGCGUCUCGCCACAAGACAUGACUAAGCGGGCCAAACUUCAGGCACGCAAGUGCAAGCUACUAGCUAAUCUCCAUUACUUUGUGUCACCCACACGGCUCAGUGUGCACAAUCUACCACCUUCCGUAGACGAUCGCAAAUUGCGGGCGUUGUUCUUGGAGAAUGCACCGCAUGGGGCUCGCAUCACGGAGGCACGCGUCAUGCGGAACCUCAAGUCUCCAACAGCCGAGUCCUACGGUUAUGGUUUCGUCACUUUUACUAAGCACGAAGAUGCACUGGCAGCACUGCGGGAACUCAACAACAAUCCUGGCACUUUUGGGCCGAAGAAAAGACCAAUCAUUGAAUUUUGCCUGGAAAAUAAGGCAGCACUCUUAGCCAAGGAACGAAGGUUACAGAGAAGCAAGCAAAAGCUAAAAGAGCUACAUGAUAGUCAUAGUGACGAGCAGAAGCUAGUGGAGGUUCCUCUGGAAAAGAAGGCAGCCUUUAUGGGUGCAGCUGCAAACAAAAAGAUGAAGGGUUUACCAACACAUUCCGGACCAAAGGUGCGAACUAAGAAGGGCCGCGCUGGCAAGCAAAAAUUGCAGCUCAAGAACAAAAAAGGCAAGAAAAAGCUUCAGCAAAAACCCAAAACAUUUGUCAAGAAUAUGCGGACUGAGAAGGACAGUUUCAGCACAAUGCUUGACAAACAUAAGAAGGUGCACUCAAAGCAAACUCCUUCAGUGCGUAAAACAAAGUGGUUUGAGAAUUAAUAAAUGUGUGAAGCUGUCGGUGGACAGCACAUUGCGA